GGACCAAAAAAAGACGUCCAAAAGACGUUGGCGUCGGUCCGUGCUUAGUGGGUGGGUUCAUUGGGCUCAUCAAGCCGCUGUACCGAAGCAAGAGACCCUGGAUUGGACAAUUUCUCCUUUCAUUUCAGUAGGCUAGCAGCUUUCAUAGCCUCUCAGCAGACGGGGGAGAAGUGUCAGACGCAGGGAAAGGGGUAGCUAGGUAACCCGGCUUGCCAAGGUUUACGAUGGAAAUGGCACCAAACGUUACGCUUGACCUUUAAUCAGGACACAGAAACUCGAUCUGCUGACGAUUCCUGCCUAGUAUCUGCCAUUUUUACAUAAUUUGAGGCAUCUUUCAAACGUGUUAGGCUACUAUAGCCACGAGCUGGCAGGCUAGCUAGCUAAUUUAAUAUGCUUACCUGAAAGACAGCAUGUUGGCUAUUAAUGGAUAAGCAAUUUUUCGUGUGCUAACUGUGGUGGAAACGAAAUAAUUAUGGCUGAUACAUGUUCAAGAGGGAUGGAAAGAGGCAGAGGAAGGAUUACAUCAGAUUCUAUGACGAGAGGCGCAUAUCCUCAACAGUAUGUUCACCCUGGCACACAGCAGCAGGGCAUAGACAUUCAGGAGCUUGCCUCGAAACGUGUCGAUAUCCAGAAGAAACGGUUUUAUUUGGACGUAAAACAAAGUGCACGGGGCAGAUUCCUAAAAAUUGCAGAGGUUUGGAUUGGAAGAGGCCGCCAUGAUAACAUCAGGAAGAGCAAAUUAACGCUGUCUAUGUCAAUGGCACCCGAUCUACGAUAUUGCCUGGGGGACUUCAUCGAUUAUUACGCUCACAUUGGGUUGCGAGGUGGCCUGGUACCACGGCCAGAAGAGCAGAGCAAUGGCCAGGGCCGCCCGCACGAUUCCCGCAGAAGACAGCAGGAUCACCACCACGCAGCAUCAGUGUCUCCCACCGGCUCUGCGGUGUCGGAGGAGCAUACUCAUCGCGUCCUGAAGAGUGAAUUCAUUGAGAGAGACAAUAGAAAGUACUAUCUGGAUCUGAAAGAGAACCAGCGAGGCAGGUUCCUCCGCAUCAGACAGACCGUCAGCAGAGGACAUGGCACCAUGGGUUACUACGGCCAGGGCAUCGAGCAGACCAUAGUGUUGCCGGCUCAAGGGCUAAUCGAAUUCAGAGAUGCACUGUCGCAGCUGAUUGAAGACUACGGCGAUGACGAUGCCACGGAUGAACGUGGAAGAGGCAAUAGGAACCACGAAGAAUCCCCCGAGCUUCCCGAGGCAGAAUCCUUUCGAGUGGACAAUAAGAGGUUUUAUUUCGACGUUGGUUCCAACCGGUACGGUGUCUUUUUAAAGAUUAGCGAGGUACGACAGCCAUACAGAAACACCAUAACAGUCCCCAUGAAAGCCUGGGCCAGAUUUGGAGAGAAUUUCAUCAGGUAUGAGGGAGAAAUGCGGCGAAUUUUCACCUGUCACGAGAAGAGGACAGAGCCUCGCGAGGACGGUGAAGACCAAGAGGAUUGACAAUGGCAUACUAUGGUUGUUAGAGGUUUCUAGUGAUGAUGGGUUAAAACGGGAAAGGGAAAAUCUAAACGUGACAAUAGCCUAGUUUAUAAGAAAAAGUAUUCUUAAUGUACCUCUAUAAUACUGUACUGUAUGACUAUUGUCAACUAGCACUUUUACAUUUUUUCAUGGUUAUUGUGUUUCAUUCAUGUAUUUAGAUUAUGGCAUCCGUUUUGAAAUCGGUGCAGGAGGACGGGUUGCCUAUUCUUGCACAAUGAAAACAGAUAUACAAAAUGCUAGAUGAUGAUAUAGCUAGGUCAUUUAUAUGAAGCGUAGAAAAAUGUUUCGUUGUGGUCGACUGGCCAUUUAAAUAAUUGCAGAGUGUGUGUGAAUGUACGUGCUUGUUUGAGUGAGAGAAAAAAAAGGUGAGCCCCAUAUACCUCAGGGUGAGACAUGAUAGUGUACAACUUCCGGUAUUCCACCAGCAUUGGUAGGGGCGUGUAUUGUAAGAGUUACUGCUGAAGGCUAGACAUUAUAUUGUUGUUUAAACAUCAACAAUAAUUUGCCCUGUGUAGUUAAUAUUUAAUGCUUGAGGAUUUCGUCUUAGUAUAGAAUAAACAAGGAUGAAGGAUUUCGGGUAUUGUUUUCCGUGUUGUUUGGGCACUAACCAAAUAAUAUAAUAAUAGUAAUACUUGAUAGAAAUGCACACUACCACUAGCCUGAAAUCCAGAACCUGUUUUGCUAACAUUCCACUCCUUGUACUCCGUUUCAUGCCAAACAUGACAUGACAUGGCAACGAGUGGAAUAAUAACUGAAACUGACUGGUACACAUGCUGCACUACUAUGUGAACAUGUACCUUUAAACAAUGUCUGUCUGCAAAAUAACCAUCUAAUGCCAAUAUGAAAGGAUAUGAGUCAUGGGCUUAGAUAUGAUAUACAAAUGUGGCAGAUGUCAAUCAAGAAAUUGUUGAUCAGCAGUGAUGCUGUAAUUACUUACUUAGAACAUUAGUGUUGCGUCAUCUCAUAUACAUUCACACACAGCUUUGACAGAAAGAUAGGCUUUUAUUCAUGCAGUCUACCUUUAUCGCACCACCGAGCACAGUAGAUGUUCAUUCCAUGUUUUGGGAUGCAUCCCAAAUGGCACCCUAUUCCCUAUAUAUAGUGCAAAAGUAGUGCACUAUAAAGAGAAAACGGUGCCAUUUGGAACGCAGACUUGGUGUAGCCUUAAAGCUGCUCAUGAUCCAGAAUUUCAGUAGAAAUUCUGAUGCCUUCACAAAUCUUGCAAUGAUACUUGAAACAUUGAGAUCCAGCCCAUGCAGCUAUCAAUACACCCCAGAUACCCUUACUUACAGGUGCAACUUAGUCAGUGUCCCCAAAAUUAUCCUUAUCACAUUGUGUAUUUUGAAAGUUCUUUAAUGCAUUUGACUGUGUAAUUUAUUAACGUGUUAACAAAUGAAUUUAAGUGAAAACCAAAUUUCUCAUGUGGAUUCUCACGUGGAUUUUUGAUGAUCUGCCAUACAAUAUUUUUAGUCUCAAGUCAUGCUGAGAAAAGCUCCUAACACAGAUUAUCUUUAUUGAUAUAGGCUUUGUUGCCUAUGUGUUAGUCUCAACAAAUGUAGAGGCUGGUUAGGCAGCAGACAGUUUAGCCCUUGUCACAGGCACCUCUGAGAUCUUUAAAUGACAGGUGAUAUUCUGUCUUCCUCCACAUCUCAUUUGUUGCCACAUUUUAGACCUCUGGAGCUUUAUUAUACAAUUCUUACUAGGGCUGGGAAUUGCCAGGUACCUCACAAUAUUAUCACAACACUUAGGUGCCGAUACGAUAUGUAUUGCGAUUCUCACAAUUCUAUAUGUAUUGUGAUUCGAUAUUGCGAUUUGAUGUUCCAAACGUAUUGCUCACCGUAUGUCUGCUGCAGAGAGACGAGAGAGAUGAGUAAACCAGUUCUGAUCAGUCAGGGUUAUAAAAUGGCUGAAACCAAGUUGGCUCACUAUUUAAGAAGAUGGAGAACAGGCUAUAGGAGGAAAGAUACCAGCGUUUUGGCGCAGGUACAGCCGACUAGCGCUAGCUAACGCUACCUACAGUAGCCAAAAAAUAUAGAUAUAAUAUUGUCCAAAAAUAAUAUUGCGAUAUGUAACUGUAUAGAUUUUUUUUCUUCUCCAUUAAUAAUUUUCACAAUUUAGGGUCUGUGGCCAGGAAACCGCCCCAUAGACUUAAUGCCAGAUAUGGUGAUGGGGCUGAUAUGGUCAGUGAUAUGAAAUGUCAUAUGCUGAUGACCUAGCUAAUCCACAUAGGAUACACCUCAUUGGUCUGAGCACCUCUUCACAUGUCUGCUAGACAAAUGAUCUUGCAGUACUAGUAAGGGCUUAACAAUUGUUUGUACUAGUUGUAACCAACAUUCUGUGCUGAAAAUCCUAUUUUACCUUUCCCUUGCAUCUGGUGAUAAAGGAUGUAUGAAAUAGUCUGACAGAGCGUUCAUAUUUCUUCAUUGUUUUCCUUUUGGCUGCAACUCCCUAGCAACUAUGCCCCCCUUGCAUAGAGUCUAUAAAACGGUGGUUCUUCUACAGAGCUUAAAUGGACAAAUUACAUUUUCGGUACAUUUUGUCCCGCAUGGAAGAUCCAUUGAAGAGAGAACAACCAAAUAGAACACUCAGAAUGCAUCAUGCUACUAUCGCAUAGGUUUCCACAGUCUGUGUUAAGGCAUAUUGUGGUUUCCACAUGAAUACAGUUGACUGAAUCUCGAAUCUCAAGGAAAUAGGUACUUUGUAUAUUAUGAAAAAAGGAUAGGUCAAUGACAAAAAAGACAAGGUUAAAAAUCAUUGUCUCUAAAACAAAACUUAAUAUUAUGAUUUUUGAUAUCUUAAAGACCAGUAUUUAUUUUUCAUUCUUAGUGGUAGCAAUCCAAACCAUUGAAAAGAAGUGCAUGAAAAGUGCAAGAAUAGUCUGGUUAUUCAGUGUUUUUUUGUUAUCUAAUGUGUGGUAUGGAAAUUCCACUUGAAUUCCAACAUGAAAAGUUUUACAACUCAUUAUAGAAAAAUAAUUAGAAGCACAACUUUCCUCCAACAUUCGUUUGGAUCUCACAUUUAACCAAAAUGUGGAAUAUAUUAAGUUUGUUCCCAUAUGCUUUAAUUUAUAUUAAUAUUUUAGAGAGCAGAUGCCCAGUGAUUUUGUGUUUGAGAUCAUAAGGCUGAUCACAGUAUCUUUGGGGCAAAGUAAGAGAAAUGUUGGCCUAGGUCAUAAACAAUGGCUUUUUUCCUCUCUUGGAGAUGGAGAGAGAAUAUGAGUGAAAUGCACAGCUUAUUUGCUCAUUUAAACUCAAGCCUCCCUAAGAAAGCACUUAAAAAAAAAAAAAACUUUUCUCUGCUGCUUCUUACUUAAUUUACAUAGAGGGACCACAUGAUCCAUGCGUUGGUUUAACUUUGACGUGACAAUCAUGCACUUAAAUUACCACGCCAAAAGGCUAAUCUUCUGCUAGAUGUUGAUAUCGCCUAUUUUAAUCUCAAAAGAGCUGCACUUGAAGAUGAACUGACCCAGAUAGUGGCCCUGAAGUUAUUAGCCCGCCCUUCGGCUCCUAGUGUUGUUUUACCUGAACCCACUGUGACCCCUUUGAAAUAAGGUCUUACAGUGUUAUGGCAUUGUUUUGUCUACUUGGAUUGGGUCGUUGUAAUAAUAAGGGCAGCUAGCAAUGUCCAAUGGGGUUGAUAUCUACCUUAAGUUCUCAAAAAGUUCUCACAAUUUAGUGAAUAUGCUUGAGCUUUCUCUGUUUUCUUGUGAAAUUAUACAAAAUGAAAUGUCCAUACCUUUCUGACUGCUGUAGGCGUAUGGUUAAGAGAAAAUGUUCUUUGAGUGUAACUUGUCUUGUUUGAUUGUCAAGUUUAAGGAUGAAAUCCAAGUUGUAGUGGUGUCGUGAUGAUAAGCAAAUUAAACAAAUUUACAGCUCCUUAUGGUUGCAGCAAAUGCUACCAUUUCCAAUGCAAAGUACUCAAUUGUUGUACAUUAGGAGCUAAUCACUUAUAGGGAAAAGAUGUUGUCUUGACAAAACUGUACAUGCUCCAGAUCUUGCUGAAAAAAAUGUCCCUGAACCAUUUCACGUGGGUGGAACUAUCAACCCAAAAUGAUCAAACAAGCAACCACUUUAGAUUACGUGCACACAGGUUUCCUGCUGCUUAUUUCUCUACUAAACAAAAAUAUAUGAAAUUAAGUCAAUGAUACAUUUUAACAUGAAAUUAAAGAUGAAAGAUAUAUUA